UAGAAGGGCAGCGGCAGCUCCACUCACCCCAGCACCCAGCGCCCUGCAGGAAGGGCCCCUUCCCCCGCCAUGGCUUCCCUGGGGCAGGUCAUCUUCUGGAGCAUUAUUAGCAUCAUCAUUAUUCUGGCUGGAGCAAUUGCAUUUAUCAUCGGUUUUGGUAUUUCAGGAAGACACUCCAUCGCAGUCACUACUCUCACCUCAGCUGGGAACAUCGGGGAAGAUGGCAUCCUGAGUUGUACUUUUGAACCUGACAUCAGACUUGCUGAUAUCGUGAUACAGUGGCUGAAGGAAGGUGUUAUGGGCUUGGUCCAUGAGUUCAAAGAAGGCAAAGAUGUCCUGUCAAACCAGGAUGAAAUGUUCAGAGGCAGGACAGCAGUGUUUUCUGAUCAAGUAAUAGUUGGUAAUGCCUCUCUGAGGCUGAAAAAUGUACAACUCACGGAUGCUGGCACCUAUAAAUGUUACAUCAUCACUUCUAAGGGCAAGGGGAAUGCUAACCUUGACUAUAAAACUGGAGCCUUCAGCAUCCCAGAGGUGAACGUGGACUAUAACGCCAGCUCCGAGAGCUUACGAUGUGAGGCUCCCAGAUGGUUUCCCCAGCCCACAGUGGUCUGGGCAUCCCAAGUUGACCAGGGAGCCAACUUCUCUGAAGUCUCCAACACUAGCUUUGAGCUGAACUCUGAGAAUGUGACCAUGAAGGUUGUGUCUGUACUCCACAACGUCACAAUCAACAACACUUACUCCUGUAUGAUUGAAAACAACAUCGCCAAAGCCACAGGGGAUAUCAGAGUGACAGACUCAGAGAUUAAAAGGCGAAGUCACCUACAGCUGCUGAACUCAAAGGCUUCCCUGCGUGUCUCUGCUUCUUCUGCCAUCGACUGGGUACUCUUGCCGCUCUGCUUUUAUCUGAUGCUAAAAUAACAUACCUUGGUUACACAGAAACAUGCAAAGUCAUUGUAUGACAGAUGAUGCUUAUCCUUGAAUGGUCCAGGGAAAGGACCUCUCAUCUUGACCAUGUGUAAUAUUAUGUCAUCACAAGCUUUGAGGCUGCUUCUUUAUAUCUUGAUCAGACAGUGAUCACCUCAGUUUUCACCAGCAUCUAGAGCAGUGGGACUCAAACAGGUGAUUCUGUGCCACCUCCAGAGACAGUCAAAAAUUUUGGAGACAACUUUGUGGUCACAACUUGGGGGUGCUGCUGGCAUCUAGUGGAGAGAACCCAGGCCGCUGCUCAACAUCCUGCAAUGUACAGGCCGUCCAUCUACAACAAAGAAUUAUCCAGCCCCAACAGGCAGCGGUGCUGAGAUUAAGAAACUCUGAUGUAGAGUAGAAGAGUAUCUAGAAAAGAGGGGAGCAAACAAACCUGUUUGCUUCCUAAAAUCAGGCAUUAGCUUGUGUCUCUCUGGCUGCUGCCUCAGCAAAGCGAACCAGUUUCAGGCAACCAGGAAUUCCUGAUGGGAUUACCCUCAGCUGGUUGGAGCUCCCACUUGCCUUUCCUUUUUUUCCUACUCUACAAACCAAGUCCGGUGAGACAGUUGCCUGAAUUUCACCCCAAGUUCUCUCACUCUGAAUUUAGAUCUCAGGACUCUGCCUAGUCAAAAUUCAAAUUAAGGCAACAAAAACAUGUAACUUCCUUGAAGCAGAGACUUCCAAAAGCAAGGGCAAUGAACCUUUGAAACGAGGCCCUCAGAACUGAAGCCCUGCUAGAAAAGAGGUUUUGUUUCUAACUCCCUCCCUGUAUUUUUCACGUGGUGCCUACUGCCCUCCCUGGC